AUGCACAGGUCUACAUGCAUAUCUACUGCAUCUAUCAGUGGAAGUAGCAACUGUACAUUAGGUCAAUAUUAUGAUUCAACUACAUUAAGUUGUGUGGAUUGUCCAGCUGGUUCAUAUUGUCCAAGUCCUGAUCUACCAGCACAAGCAUGCACCCCUGGUCAAUACACUGAGACCACUGGGAUGUAUUACUGCAAGGAUUGCCCACCUGGUAGCAAGUGUCCCAACUUGAACCAAGUCCCCACCACGUGUGAUGUAGGAACGUAUUCAACUGGUGGUACGGAUACUUGUGCCUCGUGCCCUGCUGGUUCAUAUUGUCCAUACAAGAACCAAGCUGUUGUUCUCCCAUGCCCACCUGGAACGUAUGCGGUGAAAGAUUCAUCGUUCUGCACUGUGUGUCCGGCAGGAGAAAAAUGCACAUCCACCAAAACUGCAGGCACCCCAUGUUCUGCUGGUACCUACAGUCUUGGUGCAUCAACCACCUGCACCAACUGCCCUGCAGGAUACGCUUGUCCAUCUACUGAUACAACUGGUGAUAUCUAUCAAUGUAAACCUGGUACUUAUUCAACUGGUGGUAGCCCUGAUUGCACCUCAUGUCUUGCUGGAAAAGCUUGUCCCUUCACCGAUCGUUCAACAAUGGUCGCGUGCAACCCUGGCUUCAUGUCAGCGGGGAAUAGAUCGUCAUGUGUGAGGUGCAAGGCUGGUUACUACUGCCCUAAUACCAAUGAUGAAACUGAAACACCAUGCGAUGAAGGAACUUAUUCAUUUGGUGGGGAAGCAGUUUGCCAUAAUUGUGAUUUAGGAUAUUAUUGUCCCAACACUACAGUAGCACCCAUAGCUUGCCCCCCUGGUUAUUAUGCAGAUGCUGUUAAUUCGAUUGAAUGCACUGCGUGUCCGGCAGGCAAGAGUUGUGCCAACCCCACUGCCUCCCCUACUACAUGUGGUAUCGGCACAUGGGCGUCCAACGCCUCCACUGUGUGCCAUCCGUGCAACCCAGGAUAUUUAUGCCCGACGCAAUCUACUUCACCCAAUCCCCCAGAGUAUAUAUGUAACAAAGGAAAGUAUUGUGACGGAACAAAGGAAUACGAUUGUCCCAUUGGUACAUACAACCCCAACAAUGGUAGUGGUAGUUUAGCUGACUGUAUACCCUGUCACGUUGGUUACUGCUGUGAAAACCCUGCAACUGUUGAUCCGGUGGCCGAUGAUCUUAAAUGUCCACCAGGUCAUUAUUGCCCAACUGGCACCGGGACCUGCACUGCUCUACCUUGCCCAGGCGGAACCUACAAUCCCAAUACAGCAGCCACCACACUCACCGAUUGUACCAAUAACACCUGUCCUGCUGGUUAUUUCUGCCCAACAGGCACAUCUGACCCGGUGCGCGAAUGUCCUGAAGGUUUCUACUGCUUAGAGGGCCAGAUCACAGCGUUUGAAAACCCGUGCCCCCCCGGGACUUAUGGGAACCAAACUGGAUUGAAAGCAUCGAGUGAAUGCCCAUCUUGUACAAGCGGACACUACUGUCCAUGGGGAAGCCAGACCUCACCCACCACCAACCCCUUACCCUGCCCAGCUGGUACAUACAACCCACUCACCAAUGCAUCGGAUGUGUUAAGUUGCGUGAAAUGUGACGGAGGUGCUGUGUGUGAAGUGCCGGGGUUGGACGGACCAUCGGGGGAAUGUGCGCAGGGUUACUACUGUCCUCUCGGUACAAUAUCCCCCACACAGUUUGCAUGUCCACCUGGUUCCUUCAGUAAUGCCACAGAUAUACACACAGCAGAUCAAUGCCAACCCUGCCCUGCUGGUUAUUAUUGUACAUAUGGGACGAGUGACUUUGGUCCACCAAAUGAACCCCAACCAUGCAAAGUUGGUUAUUAUUGUCUCGUUGGAACACCAAGUAAAGAUAGAUAUCCGUGUUUGCCGGGAACUUAUUCGAACAACUCACAUAAUGAGAAGGCUGAGGAUUGCACUGUGUGCGAUGCAGGCUAUUAUUGUGUUGGUGGUGAAUCUGCGGUCACCCAAGCGUGUCCACCUGGUUAUUAUUGUCCAAACGGAACGGUUUCAAAGGAACAAUACGCUUGCCCCAACGGAACGUAUAAUCUGAAUUUCUCCAGAACAAGUUUAACUGAUUGUCUACCAUGCACACAAGGUCAUUUCUGUGAACUAGCCACAGUUAACCCUGUAGCUUGCCCAGCUGGUACAUACAUGCCUUAUGGGGCAGAUUCAUCAACCCCACCCAAUGUAGUUGGGACACCUGCAGGUUACGCCAGUGAUUGCCUCGUCUGCCCUGCUGGGUCUAUUUGUAUUGAUGGUUCUAAAGAUUUUCAGGCCUGUGGUGUUGGUUCCUACACUGAGGAUGGAAACUCUGUGUGUCAGACCUGUUUGGCAGGGUAUUACUGUGACGAUGUUGCAACGUCGUAUCAAAACAUGACAUCAUACAAGAGGUGUGCUGCUGGUCAAUACUGCAUGGAAGGUUUAAAAUCACAAGCCGAUUCAAAAGAUUGCAGAGCUGGAUAUUAUUGUCCCGAAGCCACACCAAGGGAGUUGCCUUGUCCAACAGGAACGCUCAAUACGUUGGAUGCCAAGGAAUCUGUACUAGAUUGCCUACCGUGUACUGCAGGUUCAUUUUGCCUCGAAGCCUCCAACAUGGAGAGUGGCACAUGUGAAGCUGGCUAUUAUUGCCCAACAAACAUCACAAAUACGUUUCUACCAAGUGAUCUUACGCAUAUCGGUUCAUACGGACCAAAGCAGGUCCCGUGUCCUGGUGGUCGGUACAGAAACACGACAGGAGGGACAAUGGUGGACGAUUGUGACGUUUGUCCCCCUGGUUAUUACUGUCCCAUUGGAAGUAUAUUCCCCAUCAACUGCCCACAAGGAUAUUACUGUUAUGAAAACUUAGACCUUCCUCUGCCUUGUCCUAAGGGAACAUAUGGGACGACUAACAAGCUCACGAACAUCACGGAAUGCAAGGAUUGUGACCCCGGAAUAUUAUUGCGACUCCCUUGGUAUGAUAAACGUACGUGGUGUUCUUGGAAUGCGACGGCGUGCCCUCCUGGUUCGUUUAGCAACUCCCCGCGACAAACUGACGACAGCGAUUGCAGGCCGUGCACUGCCGGGUUCUACUGCGCCAACUCUGCCCAACCGGAGCCCACUGGCCCGUGCGCUGAGGGACAUUAUUGCAACCAGGGUUCAUCGAGUGAAUUCCAGAAUCCAUGCCAGCCAGGAACUUACUGUAAGCAACAAUCCACCUCGGAAACUCCUUGUCCCAUCGGUACGUACCAACCCAGUGAACAGAGCUCGAAAUGUCGUGCUUGCAUAGCUGGAAGAACUUGUCCACGUGAAGGGAUGAACUUCACCUUAUCCUGCCCACCAGGUAUGAGGGUACUGGGUUCAAAUACUACUGUGGUGACUGAAUAUGCUGCACCAGUGGUUUCUGGGGAGACAUGCAGUAGUUACUGCCCCUCCCCCAACCCAUUUGUAAACUUCACUUACAACGAAACAGCUACAGACUUUGUUGGAACAUUUAAAGAAUUAGGAGAGUUAUGUCCGCCUGGUUCCUACAACCCUCAAGCCGACUCCCCCACAAUAGCUUCGUGUCUACCUUGCCCAGUAGGAAAAUAUUGUAGCUCGCUCGGUCUUAGAGCGCCAGAAGGAGAUUGUUCAGCUGGAUAUAUUUGUUAUAACGGUUCAAAUGUCAAUCAACCUUCACAGGAUAAUUCAACAGGUGAAGGAGUGGACGUCAGUGUUGGCCAGCAAUGUUUGCCUGGUAAAUAUUGCCAUGAAGGAACAACAUUAAUGGAAGAUUGCCCACCGGGGACUUAUCGGUCAACACCGGGGGCUACGAGUAUAAAUGACUGCACACCAUGUGAUCCUGGUAAAUAUUGCGCAGCAUCUGGGAUGACCGAGGUGUCCGGCCCUUGUGAGGUCGGUUUCUACUGCACGGGAGGGGCUUCGGAUCCUAAACCACUGAACCUAACUACUGAUGGUGGAACAUUCUGCCCAACACAGAAUUAUUGCAACUGUAGUGACAAUGGUGGUUGUACGGAGCCUACACCAUGCGAUACAGGGCUGUACACCAAUGCUACUGGUCAGAGUGAGUGUAUCAACUGUGAGCCUGGCUUCAUCUGUAUUUUCAACCAACCUCCUAAACUUUGUGAUGCUGGUUACUAUUGUGUGGGGAGUGAGGGUACGGGCCCCAUAGCUGGGAGACCACUCGAACUCCUCCCCAAGCCAUGCCCGCCAGGAACUUAUUCGAAUAGAAGUGGAUUGAAAGCAGCAAGCGAGUGUACGAACUGUGACGCCGGGAAAUAUUGCCUUGGAAGAGGAAACAACGAACCAGAUGGUGAAGUAGACGGUUUAUAUUAUUCCGCUGGUGCUGCUAAAACUUCCCAACCCAUAUCUGGUGACUGUGUUGGUGCUGAUGGUGUUAACUAUGACUGUGGGGUCUGCCAACCUGGAUAUUUCUGUCGUGGUGGGUUGGGGCAAAUGGAGACGUGCCCUGCUGGUACGUUCGGACCAAGUACUCCUAUACAGUAUAGUGGUCAAUGUAUUGAUUGCACACCUGGAUAUUACUGUGAAGAAGUUGGUAAAAGCAAUGCAACAGGAAAAUGUAGCCCUGGGUAUUAUUGCAAUGGAUCAUCUGAAGUACCUAACCCUGAUAUCAGCACAGCAUGGGGUGGGGAAUGUUCUGUUGGUCAUUACUGUGAAGAAGGCUCAUACCAAGAAACUCCAUGUGAUGCUGGUACAUUUGCCAACACUACAGGGCUAUCUGCGUGCUAUCCUUGCCCAGCUGGUAACUACUGCCCACAAACCAGCACAAACCCCCAGCCAUGUGAACCGGGUUAUUUCUGCCCAUCGGCGUCUACUGAUUACAUCACCAACCCUUGCCCGAGGGGAACUUACUCCAAUACAACGGGAGCCACAUCCAUGGAUACAUGCUUGCCAUGCAUAGGAGGUUGGUAUUGCAAAACAGCGGGCUCUUCCCAACCAACAGCAGAAUGCGACGUUGGUUGGUAUUGUAGUGGGGGUUCAUAUGAAGCCAAACCAUCCAAUGCCACCACGGGUGCGAGGUGUGUAGCGGGUGAAUAUUGUCCAGCUGGUUCAUCAGCGCCGUUCCCAUGCGAUCCCGGGAUGUAUUGUGACCUCCCUGAAAGACAAGCACCUGCAGGGAACUGCACAGCUGGCUUCUACUGCACUAAUAGCAGUCUGUCUGCUACACCAAGUGGUACAGAUGAUACAGGUGGUCCAUGCAUAGCAGGACAUUAUUGUCCAGAAGGUUCAUCUGCUGGUGUUGCUUGCCCACCUGGCACCUUUGUAGGUGGUACUGGUAGCCAAAGCAUUGCUGAUUGUAAUGAAUGUACUGAGGGAAAAUAUUGCGAUGCUUAUGGUUUACCUGCUCCAACUAACGACUGUGACGCAGGGUAUUACUGCCCACAAGGACAAAAUAUGUCGGCACCUCCGCAAUAUAUUUGCUGGAAGGGUUAUUCUUGCAUUGCUGGUUCCAAGCUCCCCACCCCGUGUGGUAACGGUACGUACCAAGAUGAAGAAGGAAUGGAUUCGUGUAAGACUUGCCCACCUGGAUAUUACUGCGACGCUUCAAUGGGACCUGUGGUCACUUAUAACGAUACUGCGUGCCAAAAAGGUUACUACUGCUUAGCAGGGACUUCAUUUUUCAACCAGUACCCUUGCAACAAAGGAAGCUACAACCCAACCAUUGGUGGGAAAUCCAUGGAUGCGUGCACCCCAUGUGAUGGUGGACAUUAUUGCCCGAAUAUUGCGCAAUCGGAAACAAGAUCGAGUGAUAUCUGUGAAGCUGGAUAUUUCUGUCGCACUGGAGCAACAUCCUCCACGCCCAACCAAGGUACCGAUGGCAAUACAUGCCCACAAGGAUUCUACUGCCCACCAUCCACCACCAACCCUGAUCCUUGCCCACCUGGUUCUUAUGGAACUCAUCAAGGGUUGAAGACCAUUGACCAAUGUGCUGCUUGUGAUCAAGGUUUCUACUGCAGUGAAUUCAACGCAACCACAACCACUGGGCCAUGCAUGGCUGGUUUCUAUUGCCCUGAGAAUUCAACCAAACCCAAUGAGAUUGAAUGCGAGAUGGGGAGGUAUUGUCCGCCUUCUUCAUACAAACCAGAACUAUGCCCUGAAGAUUCAACUGCACACAAAUGCACUGGUGGUAUGUAUUGUGAAACACCUGGUCUAGAUGAACCAACAGGACCUUGCACACCUGGGUAUUACUGCGAACCUGGGUCCAUAUUUGGCCAAUCUAACACCACAUACUGUACUGCUGGUACUUAUUGUCCUGGUGGAAACGAACAACCUUUGCCUUGUGAGGAUGGGACUUAUGUUGGUUGGACGCAUGCCGAAUACUGCCCACCCUGCCCUGAAGGUUUCACAUGCACUGUAGCUGAUGGUAAACAAGUUUGUCCCAUGGGUUACUACUGCCCUAAUGGUACAGGGUCCAAUAUACAAGCUUGUCCUCAAGGAACCUUCAGCAACCAGACCGGGCUCACUAAUAUAUCUGACUGCCAACCUUGCUUAGCUGGACACUUCUGCGCACAAACAGCAAUGAUUGAUACUUCAGGUCCCUGCCUUCCUGGGUAUUAUUGCGUAACCGGAAUGGACCGGUCCCAACCCGAUGGAACGAACUCAUCGUAUGUUGACCAGGGUUGGUGUUAUGAUGGACAACAACGUGGGUACGGGGGGAGGUGUCCUGUUGGUCAUUACUGUCCAUCUGGUACAAGCUAUCCAAAGUUGUGUGAAGCGGGGAGCUAUGCAGAUUCUGUUGGUCAUGAAGUGUGUGAUCCAUGUGUGGCUGGGUACUACUGUCUUGCUGGCACAGUGAACUACACGGACACUCCUUGCCCCAGUGGCCAUUACUGCUUGGAUUCAACUGACAGUGCAAAUAAAUAUCCUUGUAAUGAAGGGACAUUCAAUAAUGGAACGACUAAAACAACGGUGGAUGGUUGCACGCAAUGCACAGGUGGUUGGUAUUGCAAUUCAACUGGUCUAUCUUCCCCAACCAACCAAUGCCCUGAUGGAUAUUACUGUCCCGAAGGUUCAGUAUCCGGAACAGAUAAUGGGUGUCCUGUUGGCUCAAUAUGCCCUCAGGGUUCAAUACAGCCAACCAUAUGCCCUGCUGGAUAUUUCUGCGACAGUGAAUUUCAAUCUAAUGUUAGUGGGAUGUGCAAGGCUGGUUGGUAUUGUAGAUUGGGUGCCAUGCAAGAUAAUCCUGAAGAUGGGAAUGUCACUGGUAACUUUUGUCCCAAAGGCGCAUUCUGCCCUGAAGGCUCAGGUUCCCCCCAACUUUGCCCCCCUGGUACCUACCUUGAUUCAGUGAAGAAUAUCAACUCAUCAAACUGUAAGGAGUGUAGACCUGGUUAUUACUGUGAUGGGCAUGGACUGGAGGAGCCAACUGGUGAAUGCAGUGGAGGUUUCUACUGUGAAGGACUUGCAGGGCAACACAUCAGCACGGCCACGCCCUCCCUAUAUGUUUGCCCACAAGGACACUUCUGUAUAAACGGGACGAUCCAACCAACGAGGUGUUUAUCUGGAACUUACCAAGACGAGUUUGGGAAGUCUGAGUGUAAACGAUGUGAACAAGGCUACUUCUGUGACAACACAAUCUCUCCUGUGAUUAUAUACAACAUAUCAUCUAUUUGCCCCAUGGGCCACUACUGUCCACCUGGUACUAAAUAUGCAAACGAGUUCCCUUGUCCUGCUGGCACCUUCUAUAAUUCAACUCAUGCUACAACUGUGGAUGAUUGUAUUGCUUGUAUUGGGGGAAGCUUCUGUGACCAACCUGGUCUACCGUGGCCCACAGGUCAAUGUGACAGCGGUUACUUUUGUACCACUCGCGCCAAUUCAUCUUCACCAUUCAAUAGCGGGAACAUGUAUGGAGAAUGUCCUGUAGGUCACUACUGUACAUCUGGCAGUACAACUCCAGUUAAGUGUCCACCAGGCACAUACAACCCAAGCACCCAUGGAACAAAUAUAUCAGCAUGUCUACAAUGUUCUGCUGGUAGUAUAUGUGUAGAAGCAGGGAUGUCUACCGAUGGUGUGCCCUGUACUGAAGGUUUCUACUGCCCUAGUGGAUCCAGCAAUGCAUCAAGUUUGUGCCCACAAGGUAGUUAUUGCCCCCCUGGUAGCAACACACCCCAACUCUGCCCCCCUGGUACAUGGAGCGAUAAGCAUGGGCUGACCAAUGAGACGAGCUGUAUGGAUUGUUUAGCUGGAUUCUUCUGCCCACGAUCGGGCCAAACACAAGUAGCAGAUAAAUGCCAGGAAGGUUAUUAUUGUCUUGUUGGACAGAAUGGAACAUUUGACAACAUUUGUCCACGAGGGUUGCAUUGUCCUAAUGGUAGCGCUUUAUACCAGGAGUGCAUGGGUGGGACGUAUACUGAUGCGGAAGGUCAAUCUGAGUGCCAAACAUGUUUGUCUGGUUUCUAUUGCCAACCUGUUCAACCUUAUAAUUCAACUGAAAACAUCAAGGAAUGUCCCGAGGGCUAUUACUGUCCAGCUGGUACAGGUUCCAACACAACAUGGUGGCAACCGUGCCCGAGCGGGACUUUCAACAAUAUGACAGGGUUGUCAUCCGAGGAUCAAUGUUCACCUUGUACUGAAGGUUAUUAUUGUAGUGGGACAGCCAACCCUGCACCUACAGAUCUGUGUAGUGAAGGUUAUUAUUGCACGAGCGGAGUCGACCGUCCCAACCCUGGAAAUGGAACAACAAGCUACUUAGUGACAUCACAAAGCAGUGACAAUUGCUCUUGUUGUGGUGGAAGCAAUACUGGGUUGGGUGGAAUUUGUCCGAAGGGUUACAAAUGUCCGAGAGGGUCAAUAUCACCACUAGAGUGCGACGCAGGGACGUACGCACCAAGCCAGGGUUCGGCUACGUGCAAAAUAUGUGAACAAGGUUUCUUCUGCCCACAACGAUCGUAUGAAUAUAUCACCAACCCGUGCCCCAGUGGUCACUACUGUCCACCAGGUACAACGCAUAGUGUGGAAUAUAAAUGCAAAGCUGGCACGUACAAUCCAAUCAAGAUGGCCGUUUCCAUCAAUGACUGCUUACCAUGCAAGAAAGGUGAAUACUGCAGCACUGAUGGCUUAUCUGGCCCUGAUGGAAACUGUUCAGCCGGUUUCUACUGCAGUGGUAACUCAACCACAGCCACCCCUGUGGAUUCUGUUGAAGGGAGUAACUGCCCUGCUGGAUUCUACUGCCCACAAGGAUCCCAGGCACCAAUAUCGUGCCCAUCUGGUUAUUACUGCCCAACCUCUAACAUGACCAUCUACACCGACCUCUGCUCUCCAGGCUAUUAUUGCUACCAGAACGCCACCGUGCCGAAGCCUAAUGAUACUGUAACAGGCUGGCCCUGCCCAGCAGGUCACUACUGCCCUGCAGGGGUUACAACACCCAUAGCUUGCCCUAAUGGAACAUUCAGUGCUUCAGAAACGAAUGAAGUUGAAUCAGAUUGCGACGCCUGCACACCUGGGUUGGUUUGUUCAACAAAUGGACUUGUUUCUCCUGAUGGUAUUUGUAACGCAAGUUACUAUUGUCCUGGUGGAGAUAAAGUAGGCACGUCGAUGCCAUGUGAACCAGGGUUCCAUUGCCCCGUGCAAUCCCCAUACCAGGUACCAUGUAAAUCGGGUGAAUACCAGAACGAACCUCUCGCUGAAGUUUGUAAAGUUUGCCCGGAAGGUUUUUACUGCGACGCUACAAACGCUUCUGUCAUCGUCCCCACGCCCUGCCCACCCGGAUAUUUCUGCCCCAAUGGAACAGAGUUCGGAGAGAAAUAUCCGUGCCCGCUUGGAACUUUCAACAACAAUACAAAGUUAACAAGGAUCGGCGAUUGCAGUCAAUGUUUGCCUAAAUAUGCUUGCACUGAACCAGGGUUGGUCUACCCUUAUAUUGAAUGUUCAUCUGGAUAUUUCUGCAAACAUUCAUCGAACUCAUCCACGCCAACAUUAGGCCCCGACAUUGCAGAUGAAUGCCCCCCUGGUUAUUAUUGUCCGCAGGGAACCGAUGAACCAACACCAUGUCCACAAGGAACUUUCAGUUCCAAACCCCGCCUAAGCAACGAGGGUGAAUGCACGAACUGCACGGCUGGUUUCUACUGCAGUCCACUUGCACAACUUGCACCAACUGCACCAUGUGACCCGAGGUUUUACUGCCCACUAGGAUCAACCAAUGCCCAACAAGUAAUCUGUCCCCAUGGUAGUUACUGUGGCCUCCAAACUUCCGUUCCCGACCCUUGCCCAAUAUCCACGUACUCCAACACUGAAGGGUUGGCCAACUCCACACAAUGCUUGGAAUGCAAAGCUGGUUAUUAUUGUGACCAACCUGGGAGAACUAAUGUUACUGGGCCUUGUGCUCCUGGAUACUAUUGUCCCAAUGGAAGCUCCAGCGCUACAGAGAAACCAUGUUGGAUCGGUUACAAAUGUCCGGAAGGCUCCCCUCUACCGCUAUCGUGUGGUGACGGAUAUUACUCAGACUCCCCAACGUCAUCGUCGUGCCAACCGUGCCCCGGUGGUCAAUACUGCGUGGCUGGUGAUGUCAUCCCUGAUGAUGUCACUACUUUGUACAAACCAUGCCCAAGAGGCUACUUCUGUCCAAAUGGAACAGGUGUUGACUACCAACCCUGCCCUGUUGGUACUUACUCCAACAAAGAAGGUCUACAGAUCAUAGAGGAAUGCCUUCCGUGUGAACCUGGGUAUUACUGCAAUGACACGGCCCUCACUUCACCAACUGCACAAUGCUAUGAAGGAUAUUACUGCCAGUCAGGUGUUCAAACCCCUGGUCCAAGCGGAACGUUAUGCGACUCCAUACCAGGAUCAAUAUACCCAAGUGUGGGCGACAUCUGCCCCCCGGGAACGUUCUGUAUUCCUGGUUCUUCAACACCAGAGAGUUGCAAGGCUGGUUUCUACAACGACAUUACCACCCAAGGUGCAUGUCAGUUAUGUGAACCUGGAUAUUACUGCCCUGCUAAUACAACAACAUAUAUCAUCUAUCCUUGUCCUGAAGGUCACUUCUGUCCUCGUGGCACGGACGCCCCAUACAACAACCCAUGUCCCGCUGGUACCUUCAACAAUGUAACUAAUGGGCAGAAUGAGACAUGGUGUAUUCCAUGCACUGCUGGUACUUAUUGUGAUAACCUGGGGAAUGUGGUUGAUGGUCUCCCAUGUGAUCCAGGCUACUACUGUCCAGAGGCGUCCAUCUCUUCCACUGGCUCCCCUAAUGGUGGUGAGUGCACUGUCAGCCAUUAUUGCCCCCUAGGUUCAGGGUCACCGGUCCCAUGCCCUGCAGGUCAAUAUUGCGAACACCCACAACUAUCGGAACCCACGGGAAACUGCACUAAGGGUUAUUACUGCCCUCCUGGUUCUGCUAAACCACAAGAUCCAACGUGGGAAUGUGAGGUUGGCUUCUACUGCCCUGAAGGAACCCUUGCCCCAAUACCUUGUGGUAAUGGGACUUAUGGAUUAAUUGGAAAGUCAGAAUCUCCUGGUCAAUGCCAAACAUGCGAUGCUGGCAAAUAUUGUGUUGGAGUUGGUCGAACUAACGUUAGUGGGGACUGCGAGGCUGGUUACUAUUGCCCUGCUGGUAGUAUAACACCCAAUGAUCCAACAUAUAGAUGCCAAGCUGGAUAUAAAUGCCCCACAGGAUCUCCCCUACCUAUUCAAUGCAAUACUGGGUUAUACCAGAAAGAUCCACAAAAAGCAACAUGCGAUGACUGCCCUGUAGGUUUCUACUGUCCAAACGCAGGUGCCAUCACCACCCCAACACCAUGCCCACAGGGACAUUACUGCUUACUAAACACUGACAGUGCAGAUAAAUAUCCAUGCCCUCCUGGGAGUUAUAACAACAACACAGGCAGUUCAUCCAGCAGUAGUUGUCAGCCAUGUUGGCCAGGGUAUUUCUGUACAACACCAGGUCAAAUAACAGGCAGUGGUGAUGGGCCAUGUCUGGCUGGUUAUUACUGUGAUGCUGGAUCUGCCACCAGCACUCAACAUAUUUGCCCACAAGGGUCUUACUGUGUGGAGAACAGUGCAUUACCCCAGCCAUGCCCUGCUGGGACUAUUACUAAAGAUUCAGGAAACCAAAACAUCUCUGAUUGUGAAUCUUGCGACCCUGGUAAAUACUGCAGUGACACAAGUGGGGGGAUGGUGGAUUGCUUGCAAGGUUAUGUCUGCACGGGUGGGUCGGACACCCCAACACCCACGGACGACAUUAUGGGAUACAUCUGCCCAAGUGGGUUCAUGUGUCCCAACGGAACCCUCACGCCCAAAGAAUGCAUAGUAGGGUCGUACCAACCCCACGCAGGCCAGUGGACGUGCGACUUGUGCCCGGAAGGUUCGUACUGUCCUAAUGUGAACACAACAAGCCCCCUACCAUGCCCCAUGGGUUACUAUUGUGGGUUAGGUACGGCCGUACCAAGGGCUUGUCCUGAUGGAACUUUUUCAAACAAAACUGAUCUUAAGGAUUCCACGCAGUGUGUGGCUUGCCCUGCUGGGAAAUUCUGCAAAGCCCCCGAAACGAACCCAUACGAUGGUAGUAAGGAUUGCAGUGAAGGUUACGUAUGCGUUACACAAUCUUCAUCUGCUGCAAACUUGGUGGUGGAUGGGUUUGGGAACGGACCUUGUCCUGCUGGUCAUUAUUGCCCAAGAGGUACACCUGGUGCAUUAGAAUGCCCCCCUGGUUCACUACGCGCCGCACAAGGUGCACGAAACAUCACCGAUUGUGUCCCAUGCCCUGCUACCAAGUAUUGUACGGGCCCUGCUGCUGUUACAUUCACUGGCGAUUGUGAUGCGGGCUUCUACUGCCCAUCCAAUGCUUAUAUAAAGGACCAACAGCCAUCUGCAUACCAAUGUACACGCGGACACUUCUGUCCCCCAGCCUCUUCCGAGCCUGUACCAUGCCCAUCAGGUUCAUACCAACCAGGGGUUGGUGCUACACAGUGUCAAGCAUGUGAUGCCGGCUUCUAUUGCCAAACAAACACAACAACCCCCGUGCCAUGCCCAGUAACGAGCUACUGCCCCGAGAAUUCAAGUUCCCCCCUUAAAUGCCCCGGGGGGAAAUACGGGGUGGGUGAACAAUUAGAAUCGCCCGAUGAUUGUUUGGAUUGUCCGAGAGGUUUUUACUGCGUGGACGGCAAUGUAUCAGCUCCAUGUUCAGCUGGUUACUUAUGUAUUAGUGGAAGCGACAGCCCAACCCCCGAUGGUUCAAACCCCACUGUGGGUGGUCCUUGUCCAUUCGGAUAUUAUUGUUUAGAGGGAACCCUUGACCCACAACUUUGUCCUGAGGGUUUGGUCAUCAACGUGGUUGGGGCAAGCUCCAAGGAUAAUUGCACCAAGUGUCCCGCUGGGUUUAUUUGCACGAAUAGCACCGUGCCAGUACCGUGCAACCCGGGCUAUUACUGCCCAUUUGACGAAGCAAUAACACCUUGCCCACCUGGAACAUAUUCAAACACAUCAGGAGCUUCAGACAGCAGCACAUGCGAGCCAUGUUUACCUGGGUAUUGGUGUCCCUCCCCGGGUACUACCAACCCCACCCAAACCCCAUGCCCCGUCGGCCACUACUGCCCCCUUGGUACAGGAAGCACCCACUACUUCUAACACACUACAUUAGACCCUGUACCCUGCCAAGCUGGUACAUACCGCGAUGAAGUAGGUGGUUCAUCGCAAGCAGAUUGCUCCACGUGCCCACCAGGGUAUUAUUGCCCGUAUGCAACAACAACUUGCUACAACUGCACGGAUUCUGGUGUUCGAGGCUACCCUUGUCCAUCUGGUACUUACUGUAAAAGUGGUUCCGUGUUCUACCAACCUUGCAAAGCUGAGUUCUACUGCCCACAAUCAUCUGUACAACUUCCAUGUCCUGAAGGUAAUUACUGUCCUGGUAACUCCACCUCCCCCACCCCAUGCCCUGCUGGUCAUUAUUGUCCUAUAAGUUCAGCCCUGCCAUUGAAAUGCCCGCUUGGUUAUUAUGAGUUAGAUGGAUCCACGAGAACCACAUUCGCAACCACGUGUGGUGCGUGCCAACCUGGUACUUUUGGUGCCGAUGAAAACCGACAGAACUGCAGUGCAUGUCAAGCUGGUGUGGUUUGCCUCACAGCAGCAACAACAGACCAACCACAAGCGAACAACGCAACAUCCAACACAACCAACUCCUACCCAUGCCCACCUGGUUAUUACUGCCCAUCAUCAUCCAUCAUUCCCACACCUUGCCCUGCUGGAACUUAUAAUCCAAAUGAGUUUGGCCAAGAUGCAUCAGCCACAUAUUGUAUAUUGUGUGGGGUCGACCAGUUCAAUCAUUUACCAGGACAAACUGCAUGCCUUGAUUGUGGUGGGCAAGCCUCCCAACCAAGCAUGGGCCAAACUACAUGUGUGUGUACGGGGUCUGGUCAGGACUUUCAACCAAGUGACCGACAAUGUCCGUGCGCUGAUGGUUAUCUUAUCGAUGAAACAAGAGGGGGGGAUUGUGUCAAAUAUGUCUACCCGAUAUGCACCACUGGUACAUCAAGAUCACAAAGUGGUCAGUGCCUCACUGAUGAAGAAUGGUUGAUUGAAUGUACAAACACAUGCGGGUCAGAGGAAUUGAGUCAAGGUGUUGAUAGAAGCUUAGGUGCUUGUACUUGUGCUGUGGAUGAUCUGGACAGUGUUUGUGACCUUGAGUGUCGAUCAAACCAACAAAAGAUUGUCCAACUUAUUUGUCCGAACCCAGUGCUUGGGCAAGAGGCUUAUGUUAGAGUAACUUACACUGAUGGUUCGAUCGAAGACUUCCCAGUAAGCCAGUUAUCGAAAAUUAUCAACGCCGCGUUCUCAAUCAACGACAACCAAUGUACGAGUGGAAGUGGAAGUAUUGAACCUGUCUACAUAAUGGAAAGCACGUCCGUUGGAGUGCUUGGAUUGUAUCAACCUGAUGCUGCUUAUGUAGCUGGACUGUUGCAAGCAAAUUCACAGCAAAACACAACCCAAUCAUCGACAUCAAGAAGACGCAGAAGCAUCGGGAAUUAUGGAAACUUUGGUUCGUUUAAUUACGAGACAACUUGGAACAAACGGAAGUUGUUGGCUGUGUCGAGCGUUUCCAACAGUACAGGGAUAACCAACCCCGUCGUUUGUUUGGCUGAUAAUGCAGUCGUGAUGUUCACCAUCACCAACACAGAAUACCCGAUAUACGACACCAACAACUUAUACAACACAAACGAUAAGUUUGACUACGGUGGCUUCCGUAAACUACAAGAGGAUGUUCAACUGACCGGAACCACAAGUUCUUUGUUUGCGUUCCGCUUCAGCGACCCAGGGGUUUACGCAUUCUAUCUAAGCACGAAUACUUUCAAGAAGUUUUACGUUAAAGUUGUAAGCCAGGGAGGGACGUGCACCGAGGUCGGUCCCUUCUUCCCCCCCACCCCGCGAUACAUGACGCAGAGUGGUCUCAGUUUACGCACGGACAUCUUACUUGAACCAGACUGGUUGUUCAUUGGCCUGCUACUGGCAUCUGCUGUCAUCAUCAUCCUUAUAUUGGUGGCAGCACUUGUAUUGUUCCAGAGAUAUGGAUGGGGGAGGUUGAAACUGUUGGUGCCUUACUACAGAGUGAUCGCGACCUAUUUUGAAUUUGAUGAUUAUUCGUCUAAAGGUUCAACCGUUCAUUCCAUCAAGAAAUAUCAUCCAAACCUUGACCUUACAAACAAAGCUGGUGUACACCAGGAUCAAGAUGCCGCUGUUGUGGGGGUUGGGGUUGAUGCUAAGGAUGAAUUCUGGGAUUACGAGAGACAGGUUGAUUUGGAAUCCUUCAGCAGUCAGGAGUUAUACACAAUCCUUAAGAAACAUUCAAACCAUGUAACAUCUAGUAUUGGGAUGCAGAAAGAAGAAGUGAAAUUACUUUAUCAGAAAAUAUCGCAACAAAUACAAGUUCUUAAAGAUUUCUGGACAGCGAAGGUAAACGUGUUCGGAAAGCCGAAGAUGAGCAAAGAUGAGAGGAAGGUUUACGAGGAGAGGAGGGAGGAACUUGAAAUGGAGAUCGAACGGAGGAAACAUCUUGGAGAGAAAGUUAUGUCAGUAUUGGUUCAACAACGUGAGUUACAACACGAGGACGGUGAGCAAAGGAUGAACAACUUUGUUCAAUUUACAUCAUUGUUUAAAUCUGUUAAGAGGAUUCUUAUGAAGACAGUGGAAGACAUUAAGGAAGGCAACACAAACACGGAUGACCUCCAAGCUGAUGUUUCUCGUGUUAACGACAUGAUUAAUAAGAUAUCUAUGGUUGUGAGCGGUGAAUGCCGUAGACUUGGUUGUUGGGGGGUGCUGGGUGAAGGAAGCGGGGCUCAACUUAUUCAUCCAGGCACAAAGUCAGCUUUGUUAUUGAGUGAUAUCUUCAAUGAGGAUGGAACAUUGAAAGCCACGGAUAUUUGUGUGAUGGAUGACAUAUUGAAACUGGCCGUCCCCAAACCUGGAUGUGACUUGCUCAUGUAUAAUGGGCAACUUAUAUCUGUGGUUGGGAAGGAAUAUUUUGUACACCCACAAACAGGUCGUGUUCUUCCCAUCGAGGGAAGUUUAAGUUUUGAUCCCAUGUCGUCACAAAUCGUAUGCACGAGUGACUUCGCUACGAGUGAUAACUCAGCAACAACCGAAGCUUUGAUCCCAUUCAUCCCAUUCCCCACCCACCGUAGCACCAUGCUACCUAUGAAUGUAGAACUACCUACCAUAAGUAGAAGGAGUGAUCUUAGAUAUGGCCAACCAAUGGUGGACCCUUGUACAGGACUAACUGUCCCAAUAUGCGGGGUUACCAUCAACCCACUUAAUGGGCAGAUUCACCCUCUUGGCGGCACCCACACCAGCCCAGUCACCGGCCUACCAACUCCGAUAGAGAUUGGAUCCUUCAUGUUGCUACCAAACACAAACACACCCGUCCCUAUACUUAUGGUUGGCUUUGAUAAAGAAGGAAAGAUAAUACCGAUUGGAGGAACCAUGAUGACACCCGAUGCUCCUUCCUCUUCCUCCCAAACUCCCAUCCUCCCUGGCUCCUCUUACAUUGAUCCCAUGAGUGGGAAGAUGAUGAUUGCCGGAUCAUGCCGCUCCCUCUACAUCCCUGGGAAAGAUGGCAAAGUGAUCCCGUCAUCUGGAGGAUACCAAUCCUACCUAAACGCAUCACUUCUCGCAUCCCAAGUGAAAGCUCUCGAUUCACUUCAACAACUGAAAGAUUCCGUGUUGGACCUGGGAGGCCAUGAUGUUUCAUUCAACCCCCAACAUGAAGUUAUGAAAGUGGAAACUUCAUUGAAGCAACUCCAAACUUCACAUAAGAUGUGUUUGGUCAACUUGAUAAGAACAUCAGUGAAUAUGAAGCAGCACGAACAGAGAUUUAGUGUGCUGUCGGCUACCGGGGGUGUAGCGGGGAUAAUGGAGUAUAAUGGAACAGGGCAACUCCUCCCCAUCUUGGUGGGAACAAACAUGGACGACCCCGAUGGGACCAAACUAACCCUCCCGAUACUUGGAACGCACAAGGAUAAAAUAUCGGGACUUAUGCGACCACUAGCGGGCACCAUGGAGCAUCCUGAUGGACUCGGAUUAAUCCCGAUUAAUCUUGGAGUUGAAGGGAUUGUAUGUUGUAUCUGGUAUGGCUGUGUGUGCAAGACAGGGAAGGUUACCGGGGCAAAGGUGAACAUGGAUAGCAACACUGUGAUGCCUAUCGUACAAUCUGGAGGACAACAUCAGUUUAAACAGAGGACUCCUCCUAUUGGAGCCAUGGUGAUGUUGGAAGAUGAGAUUGCUGCGAGGAAUGGAUCGUGGAGGAAGAGGAGAGGAUGGGAGAAGGAUGUGGAUGGGAGGAUGGUGGAGCUGCAGAAGAAACUUAUGGUAAACCCAGCAUUGGAGGCGGAUGAAUAUUUUGAAGCAAUAUCGGAUCUAAUUCAUCAAAUUACAAACGCUGUGAAGAAAGAAAGUGAAAGAAGAGAGUCACAAUGGGCAUCCCACAUUGAGAAACAAAUCCAAUCCAUGGACCUUGACCUCGCUGAAGUUGAAUAUUCGCGCGAAGUUUCGGAAUCCAUGGCAUCAGAAGCUCGUAGUUUAAUGAAGGGGUUGGACCUCGUGUAUGGGGAAUGUGAGACGCUGUUUGUGGGAAGCCAUGAGAAUGCACAGGCAUCAGGUUGGAAUGCAUUGACACCACUCAUGCAACACCUCAUAUCCUUGCUUGAAAGUGGGAUGCAGUUCCAACUUACCCCGGAUCUUAUUAAUGCUUUGAAGAACCCACAAUAUGGAUCUAAACUGCACACACAAGCAACCAACCAACCCAUAGUCAGCCACCCCUCCAUACAGAUGAUGCACCCCCACCCAUCGUAUGCACAACCUGACCAACCAAUACAGGCUGUUGGUGUAUUGAACAAGCCACAAACACACAUGGCCACCACACAGAAGGUGCAGAUCAAGGAAUCGAGCAUUGGACUUGGAAGACGUGAUGUUAUUGAGAUUGACGGCAAGCUUGAUCCUCGUGUUGUGGAGCAUGAAGUUCUCAACCAAGCUUCUGUCGUUGAUCGUGCUGGUGCACUAGUGACACCAAGUGGUUCGGACAACGUACAGGAGAUGUUGGAGAGGCACGCCAUGGAAGUCGCGAAACUUGAGAAUGAACUUCGAAGCGAUGAGAUUAUGAAGAUAAAUGAGAUAAUAUCUGACAUUGAGCAAAAGAAAGAGGUUGAAGUGAUGAAACUGAAGAUCGAGUUGAAGGAAAGGUUGAAGAAAUGUUCAACAGAUGAAGAGAAGGAGAAGGUAAUGAUGGAGUAUGCGACCAAGAUCCACAAAGUUACCGAGGGUCUUGAACAAGAAAAGCAAACUCGCUUGUCGGAUCUUCGGGGCAAGUUGGCACGGGAACGACAACGAAGGAAGAAGGAAUUGUUCGAGAAACAUAAACGGGAAGCUGAACUUGCCGGCUUGGACCCUGAGAAGGUGGUUGUAGACAUCGCCCAUGAGAGCGAGGAGGAAGUGAACAAGGAUCUUCUUCUCCUUGCUCAACAACAAGAGAAGUUGAUAGCUGAGUUACAACAAGCGUAUGCUGAUGAUGGGGUCGACGAGGGUGGCGAGAAGAAGGCAAAGUUCGAUGCCGAGAUGGAAGCGAGGAUACGAGCGCUGAAUGAAGGGAGGGGGGUACCUGUUGUAUCAGAGGAGGGAGUUGAAGAGAUCGUCAACAUCGGGGGAAAAAUCAACAGUCUUCGAGCGAACAUGAAAGAUAAGAUGAAACAAAGAAGAGCUCAACGCAAAACUAUCAGAGGAUCCUCACAGCUGCCGCAAGAAUUUGGUGAUGAUGAGCAAAUCACGGCUGAAGGCCAAGUUUACAAAGCAAACUUAUCAACAUUACAACUACAAGAGGAUGAACAUAUGGAGAAUAUGAUUCUGUCGGCACUGGAAGAGGCUGAACUUGAGAAAUGUGAGUCCCAGCAAUUGGAGGUCCUCCGAAUGAAGAUGUUGGAGGGAGGGGUUGAUGAGAAUGAACGUGAUCAGAUUAUGGCCGAGUUUGAAUCAGCUAACCAAGUCUUCAAGGAUAAACUUUCGAUGCAACACAAAAAGCAGAAAGAGGAACUUCUGCUUCGGUUGAAAGCUCGUAAAACGCUGCAGGAGGAACUUUCAAAGGAGAAAGCGGUGAUGAAGCAAUUGCAAGGAGUGGGCAAGCAUGAGGAGGGACGUAAAGUUGAACUUGAAACGGCCACGGUGGUGGUCGCGCAACAACUCGAACAACAGGUUGAAGCAUUGUCGUCACUUGAUCAGAAACACGCAGUGGAGUUGAAUAAACUUAUUGACAAUUUGGAAGAUGAAAAUAAUCAAGAAGAGACAAAGAUAUCGUCUCACUUCGACGAACAAUGCAAACUACAAGCUGCAGCUGCGGUGGCGAGGGCAGAACAAGAGGCAAGGGAAGGAAACUUGAAUGAGAAACGAACGGCUAAGUUGGUCAAACAAUACCAGGCCCAGGCGGAAGCAAUGAACAAUUCAUUGUUAACACAAAAGAAACGACAAAUUGAGGAAAUGAAACAAAAACUUGCACAGCGCAAAAACAACAGGAAGAACCAACUAAUGGAACAACAGAAGGUUGAGAAGGAUGAGGUCCUCCUUGCUCUCAAGGAAGAUCGUGAUGCAUCCGCGUCCAACAAGAUCAAGGAGGCAGAGAAAGAUUGUCUGGAUGAUGUUGCUAAGAAAUCCGGGGGAGUUUCUUCCAUGGAGGCUUUCAUCCAAGAUACAUUAUUACCGAGACAUUUGUUGGAGAUGAGGAACUUGAUGGAGAAGAUUAAGUUGGAAGUGGAGGCGGGGAGGAAGAAGGCAGAGAUUCAGGCAACCAGUGAAAGGGACGAGGCUCGUGAAAAACUAACUCAACAACAAACUGAUGAAGUUUCCCAACUACUGAUCGCACACGCUGGUGAACCUGCCAAUAAAGUUCUUAAACUUAAGAAGAAACUUGAAGCCAAGCACAAAGAAGAACUAAAGAAAUUUGACAAAGACACCAAUGAUGUCAUCGCUUCUGCCGUCCAAUCAGCUCUCACCAAAGUUCAAAUCAACCAAUCAGAGAGCAAGUUGAAGUUGAGAGAAAGUCACCUUCGUGAAUUGUCAGAAGCUUUGUUGGAGUUUAACCCAGAGGAG